CCUCUUUGUAGUUCCUGUAUACAUGGUUCCCUCUUCACAUGGGCCACUGGUUCCCCCCUUCACCAGAAAAGAUGGAGUCUCGUCGUGGUAUCAUGAAAGCUUUCCCUAAAGUUAGAAGGGCAAAAGUGCUACAGGGGAAGGACGCACCCCCACUAAAGAAGAAAGCUGAUGAAUGUGAUGUCACAGGAAACACUUUUAACGGCGUGACGGUAUACCUUCUGCCAGCUGGAAUAGGAAGUGCCAGAUGCCAGAUUUUUCAAAGACAAAUUCAGCAGAAUGGAGGACGGACGGAGAGUUCACUGUGUCCCGAUGUCACUCAUGUUGUUGUCAACGACAGCAUGGAUAGCGAAAGGGCUCUACGCUUGCUGAAAGUAGAUUGUAUGCCCUCUGGAGUCCAACUGGUAAAAUGCACCUGGUUGAGCUUGUGCAUCAGUGAGAAACAGUUGGUGGAUGUAGCCGCCUACAGCCUUCUUUUACCCCAGAGGGAUUCUGAAACAAAGCAUGAAGAAAUUAAAAAAGAGUCAUUAAAUAUCAAACCCGCUGCUGAAACUGUGAUAGAGCCGGUGACUGAUCAAGAGGAGAACACAGACAUGACAGUCCCAGACAGCAAAGAGGAAGUGCAGGGAGAAGAAGACGGCGUCUCUCAGAGUGAUCUGGAAGCCCUCAUCACUGGCCAGCACCCCAAAGAGGAGACUCCUGGCCCCAGCCUCUCCCUUGGUCCAGACACUGCUGCGAAGAAGCCAGUAUCAGGGAAGUGGGUCUGUGCCCAGUCCUCUCAGUCCAAAAGUAAUAACUUCAACAAGCACAUCACAGACAAACUUGAAUUGCUGGCCAAGGCCUACACACAUCAGGGGGACAAGUGGAGGGCGCUGGGCUACUCCAAGGCUGUCAAUGCACUGAAGAGCUACCAUAAACCCAUUACGUCAUAUCAGGAAGCUUGUCAGAUCCCAGGAAUAGGAAAGCGCAUGGCUGACAAAAUUGAAGAGAUUAUGGAGAGCGGUCAUUUGCGGAAGCUAGAUCACAUCAGUGAGGCCGUGCCAGUGCUGGAGCUUUUCACCAACAUCUGGGGUGCAGGAGCUAAGACCGCACAACUGUGGUACCAACAGGGAUUUCGUACUUUGGAGGAUAUCCGCACAAAAGCCCACCUGAACAGCACUCAGAAAAUAGGACUCAAGCAUUACAGUGACUUUCUAGACCGAAUGCCCAGAGAAGAAGCAGGAGCCAUAGAAAAAGUGGUAAGGGAUGCCGCACAAGCCAUAGACCCAGGCCUGGUGGCGAUGGCGUGUGGUUCCUAUCGUCGGGGAAAGGCCACAUGUGGAGAUGUUGAUGUUCUUAUAUCUCACCCUGAUGGCAAGUCCCACAAGGGCGUUUUUAUCAAAGUUUUACAGACCCUCCAUAACAGUGGGUUUUUAACCGAUGACCUGGUAAGCCACGAGGAGAAUGGAGAGCAGAAGAAAUACAUGGGUGUGUGCCGUUUGCCAGGACCUGACCAACGCCAUCGCAGACUGGAUAUCAUCAUAGUGCCCUACGAUGAGUUUGCCUGUGCUCUCGUGUAUUUCACUGGGUCGGCACACUUUAACCGCUCAAUGAGAGCCCUGGCAAAGACAAAAAGAAUGAGCUUAUCAGAGCACUCACUAAACAAAGAUGUGGUACGUCAAGGCAGCGUGAAGGUGCAUGGUGGCAUGCCACUUCCCACACCGACAGAGAGGGAUGUUUUUAUUAUUUUAGGUGUACCCUACAGAGAACCCCAUGAAAGAGACUGGUGAUGAUUUGCCAGUUAUAAUAGCUUCUGAUUUUAUAGAAAAAUAAUCAUGAUGAUAAUGAACAAUGAAAGUGUUUUAAUUAUAUUUUACUGCUCGUCAAAUUGUACAAGAACCCCAUUUGACUUGAAUGCUAAUUUAUAUUUUACUGAUUUAAAGGGUUGUGGUCAUCCAGAUUCAAAAUGACUAGCACUUGUUUUAUGUCAUCCAGAAUGUGUUAAGUGGUUUUCUGAUUAGCUUUUGCUGUGUUUACCUCUGAAACAUCUGCCGCUACUGCAAAAGAAAUUACAUAUUCUUGUAGGGUUGUUUUAGAAUAUGGCAUUUUUUUUUUUAUUCAGAAUCAGAAUCAGAAUCAGAAGGUUUUUAUUGCCAUAUGGGUGAACAGGUUCACAGCAUUAGGAAAUUGCUGCGGUACUUCGUGCUUACAGAAAAAAAAAUUCUGCAGGAUUAGUAGCAAGAAACAUUCAUAUAUCCAUUUUGUUAACCAUUGCCAUAGGGCGAGAGGCAGGGUAUACCCUGGACAGAGUACCAGUCCAUCACAGGCCUACACAGAAAGAUUUUAAGAUUAAGAUUAAGAUAGUGUUUAUUCGUCACAUGCACAGUUAUACACAGUACAAUGCACAGUGAAAUGUAUUUUGUACCUGCAACCAUAUAUACACACAAGGACAAUCAUUCAUGCUCACAUUCACACCUAAAGCCAAUUUAGAAUAGUCAGUGAAGCUAACAUACAAGUCUUUAGAUUGUGGGAGGAAGCUGGAGUACCUGGAGAAACCUGCACAGGGAGAACAUGCAAACUGCAUGUGGAAAAGUUCCUGUUGGCUGUCAGGUUUGAACCAGAAACUUUUGGUGUGAAGUGACAGUGGUAACUUUAAAUUGUGACAAUAAUUAUCCAAGAUUGGCACCAAAGGUUUCAGAGGCAAAAACCUUGACAAGUAAAUUCAGGGAAAAGGGUGGAUGGAUGCCACUAAGUGAGUGAACUGACCUUCAGCUAAUAUUUCAGGAUGUUUGAAUGCAUAAAGUAUAUUUAUUGAAAGAUUACCAGUGAUGAUAGAAUGUAAUAAAAGGUUA